GGCUCUAUGUCUUUUUAUGUGAAUGCGAAGAGCAUAUGACCUCUUGUGAGAAAAAAAAAUAACCAGUGGGCGUCAAGGACAGGGCUAUAAAAUUGAAACCACAAGGGCAAAAAUUCACGUCUACAGCUCUCACCACUUUCGAUUUGUUUCAUAAUAUGGAUCUCAACUUUCCUCAAGAAGAAGAUAAUAACAAUUACCUUGACACCGACAGUGUCUGCUUGAAUGGCUUCUGCUUCUGUGCCCGUCACUCCCUGGAACUGUGUCCCAAGUGUCCCACGGAUAACCGAGGUAUCAAUAACAUGCAAGUGGAGGACUAUCUGCACGAGCAGUGCUCUGAAGCCGAGUUCGAAGCCAAAUGGAAGGGCGAUGACCGACCUCCUCUUAAUGUCUCUCACAGAUGGACCAAGCUCUCUAAUGGUAAGCCUGCUUGCUCAGAACAUAAGCAAAUCGGUUGCGAAGAGUGCUUCAACUGGGGUCAAGGUAAGCGGUGUUUCUUCUUUGUCUGAUCACCUACAUGUUGAUAAAUGCUUACCAUUGCAAUGUAAAAGGUCUACUCCGUGAGAUCAAGGGAGAAAAGAAGAUUAGAAAGGCUUCCAAGAAGAGCAAGAAAGACGCUUU